AUGUCCGACCGUUAUCCUUCGGAUGUGCAGGAUGCCUCUCCGCUAGGCAAACCAUUGCACUUCGAGUUUAGUGGGAGAACCGCUCAAAAUCGUCUCCUCAAGGCGGCAAUGACUGAGCGACUAUCAUCGUGGGACCUGGCGCACAAGGAGAAACGAGGUGUCCCGUCAAAGAAUUUGAUCCGGGUCUACGAACGAUGGGGCGAGGGGCAAUUUGGAGUCUGCCUCAGCGGCAACAUCAUGGUUGACUAUCACCAGCUCGAAGCUAGGGGCAACCCGAUCAUUCCUCUCGAAGCCCCCUUUGAAGGGGAGCGAUUUGAAGCCUUCAAAGAGCUGGCAACCAAGGCCAAGGCCCACGGCAGUCUGAUGGUGGGACAGGUCAGCCACCCUGGACGGCAAGUGGAAGCAAUCAACAACCCGGACCCGGUUUCGGCCAGCGAUGUUCAGCUCGAGGGGGAGGUGAUGGGCAUGAAGUUUGCGAAACCACACGCUGCCUCCCUCGAAGAGAUCAAGGACAUCAUCGCCCGGUUUACGCACGCAGCCGAAUACCUCCACCAAGCCGGGUUCGACGGCAUCGAACUUCACGGCGCACACGGCUACCUCCUUGCUCAAUUCUUGUCGCUGACGACCAACAAGAGGACCGAUGGGUACGGCGGACCCCUGCGCAACCGUGCUAGGCUUAUCCUCGAAAUCGCCGAGUCUAUCCGGCAGAAAUUGCCCUCCUCUUUCAUUCUUGGGAUCAAGAUCAACUCAGUCGAGUUCCAGGAAGGUGGGUUUACUGCUGAGGAGGCUAGAGAGCUGUGCACUCUACUGGAGGAAGCCAAAUUUGACUUCGUCGAGUUAAGCGGUGGCACAUACCAAUCCCUAGCCUUUGCUCACAAGCGGGACAGCACCAGGAAGCGAGAGGCUUUCUUCCUGGAGUUCGCUGAAAAGAUCACGCCUGGCCUGCAGAAGACCAAGACGUAUGUCACCGGCGGGUUCAAGACCGUGGCGGGAAUGGUGAAUGCCCUCCAAUCCGUCGACGGAGUCGGUCUUGGCCGGCCUGCAUGCCAGGAACCGCGGAUUGCAAAAGAUAUACUAGAUGGCAGCAUUACCGGCGCUCUGGCCCAAAAACUCGACCCCGACAAUUUCGGACUGACCAAUAUCGCUGGUGGCUCUCAGAUCAGACAGAUCGGAAAGGGUCAAGAGCCGAUCGAUCUGUCCAAGCAGGAGAACGUCGAUGCCUUCAUGAAAGACUUGGCCAAAUGGAGCGAGAAGAUGGCCUCUGGCGAUCCCAGCAAUUAUGGGUUCGUCGACAUUGAAAGCGCCAUACCGUACGGUUCGGCAUGA